AUGAGGACCGCAGCGCUCCUGCUCGUCGCGCCUGCCGUCCACGCCUUCGUCGCGCCGUCCACCACCGCUCCAAUUGCUCGCCUCGCACCGCUCCAAGUCGCACCGAUCACGGUCGCAGCUCUGGACGACGCCGUAACGGCAAAAGUAAUCUCCGCCGAGCUACAAGAGAUGCUGGAUAGGGAGUGGAUCGAGCAGGACUGCCACGUCGUCAUCGGCCAGAAUGCCGCGGACGCGUACCUCGGCGCGCGAGCCAAGGGCCUGGACGACGUCGGCUCCAUCCUGCAGCACGUCGGCGAACAGAUGACGACGGACUUCCCCGUCGACGCCUACGUGGGCCCCUGGGACUGCGCGAACUUCGUCUCUGACACGCUCGUCGCGCUCGCGUCGGGAGAAAGGUGCGAGUGCUCAAGCGCGCCAACCGCGGCCGAACUGGAAGCGCGGGCGGCCGAGUUCGGAGGGUCGUCGUAG